CUGCGCCCUUGUCAGACAGAAGCUGCUCCUCGUCCUUAAGUAUCCUGGAAGCUGCAGGUUCUCUCAGGAUCACUGCGAAGGUCUCAUCAGGCAGAAGGUGAUGCGAGGAGAUGAUUUAAAGGUGAAAAUGAGAAGGUUUCCACCCCUCAAGCCUUGGCCACUUUUCUGACGGCAGAGUCCGAGAGCUCAGAUGUCUUCUUUACUCUGGAAACAGGAUUCGUAACGAAAAGAGAUUUUCUUCUUCUUUUUCUUCUUCAUUUAAUCCUGAUAAAGAAGAUUAUUGGGAAACUAUUAAAAAUCCCUUAUUGUGAUACAGAUGGAUUUUAAAAAGUGUUAGUUCUUUCCAAUGAACACUAAUAGAGUGCUCUGCUCUUGGUUGGAUUACUCAGAGAAUGGCAGUGGCCUCUGCAAUGUCCUGGGUCCUGUAUUUGUGGAUAAGUGCCUGUGCAAUGCUGCUCUGUCAGGGGUCCCUCCAUCACACUUUCCAGCAGCAUCACCUGCACAGACCAGAAGGAGGAACGUGUGAAGUUAUAGCAGCACACAGAUGCUGUAAUAAGAAUCGAAUUGAGGAAAGAUCACAAACAGUAAAAUGCUCCUGUCUACCUGGGAAAGUGGCUGGGACUACGAGAAACAGACCCUCCUGUGUUGAUGCUUCAAUAGUGAUUGGAAAGUGGUGGUGUGAGAUGGAGCCCUGCCUAGAAGGAGAGGAAUGUAAGACAUUGCCUGAUAAUUCUGGGUGGAUGUGUGCAACUGGCAAUAAAAUCAAGACCACCAGAAUCCACCCGAGGACCUAAUAGAGCAAUGUCUGCGUGGAGACAGUGAAAGCCUUGCUGAUUUAUGAGGACAAAGUAUUGAAAGUUUAAAACCAUCUCAGCAUUUACAAGCCAAAUGGAUUUCUUAUUUGCACUUUGACUGUUUACCAGAGAACAACAGUGGCUUUACUGUGUGAAGGAAAGUAUUUGGUGGAAAUAAUGCCCCUGAUUUUUGACAGCUGAAAAUAAAAAAAACAAAGAAAAUGGUUCCUUUGAUAAAGUUUCCAGGAUUGAAAAGUACAAACAACAAUAUAAGUUUGGAUCUACCAUUUACUUUAUACCAGUUAAAGUAUAUAUAUAGAAAUAUAUAUAUAUAUUAAUAUAUGAUAUUUUGAAAUAAAAGCCUCCCUCUUCAAGGAACUGACUAGUACCACACUUUGCUGAAGCUGCUGUAAUUUUGUUGGGUUUUUUUGUUGGGUUUUUUUUUCUUUUGGUAAUGGUCUGGAAGAUCCCUACCUGUUUCUGAGUGAAUACAUGACAGUGAAGAGGCAAAGCAAACCUGCUGCAGUACAAGGAUGCCUAAGAGCUACACAAAUCCUACCAAUGUGGCACCUGGAUCUUCCUGUUCCCUUCGGCAGAAUUUCAAGGGCAUUCGUUGUUCCACUUUGUGUUCUGGAGGCUUUUCCCCUUGUGCAAUACUAGCAUGCUGGCUUUGCUUCAUUAACCAUACUUGAUUGAUAUGUAACAAUGAUAAUUUUAUCCUCUUCCAAGAAAAUAUUUUUAGAGCUGAUAGAUAUUCCAUGAAGAAGAGAUGGACAGCUACUGAGUGAAGUACAGUAUGUAUUGAAAGUUUAUUUGGCAGUUUGGUAGACUGUGAACUCCUUUCUUAUUAAAUAUGUACUGUACAUACAAUGUCUUCAGACUUUGUAUAGCUCGUAGAGACUGCAAUAACCUCCCAGUAACCAGCUCCAAAGCUUUGCGUUGUUGGCUCACUAAUUCUUUGAAACAGCAACAAAGCUAUGUCUUUCUAGA